CUGUAAACUGUAAACUGUACAUCUUAGUGACAACUCUUUUUUCCCUAUUUACCAAGUUGCUUUACAUUCUGUGCUCAUAGCUAGUCCUUAAUGAGGCAUUAUGUCAAGAUGUCUGGCACUUGUAAGUAAAAGCUACUGUGUAAAUGCUCAUAUAUAGGGAUCGGAUCACAUCUAUGCAGAUUUGCUCUACCUUAUCAGGCACUCACUCUCCCUUAUAAACGAGAUGAGUUUCCUUUCUCCGCGAUAGAUUUUACAGGAACUACUACAGCUGUGGGCAUCUUCGCCAGAUUCUUAUCUCACGGCGUUGAUCAGAUAAGUACAAAUCAGAAGCAUGGCCGAAAAGUAAUAUCGUUGACUAUAACUCUAUUAUUCCGAAGUUGGAGUGAUUAAGGAAGUGAUUAAGAUGUUGUUUUCACUCAAGAAGAGAGAUAUAUUACAUAGGUACAGACACAGUUAUCUUACAGAGGAAUCGAAGUUUGCCCAUCUCAUCAUGGCCAAAUCCCGCUUUCAGUGGGAGAAGUCACUGGAUGGUUUCUGGAGCAGGGACAUUGACGAAUGCGAGUUGUUCUAUCGAUCCUGUUCCAGGAAAGAUAACAAUUGUUACCCCGUUACUGCUUGUGCAUCCUUCAUCAUCAACGCUGAGACGUCCAAAAGCAAUGAAAAUGAUAGCCAAAUAGAACAGCACGUUGAAGACGCCUUUCACAAGGCCUGGAUGAAUCUCAACUACAAUCACCCAAGUUUACGUUCCCUAGUUCAACAUGUCGAGGAUAGCGGCCAACCAAAGAGGGUGUAUUCAACCUUCCAGGACAAGAACGACGAGAAACGUUGGUUGAACGAGACCUUCCAUGUCGUCAAUGUUGAUGUUGACCUAACACAAUGGUUCAACAUGAACUCACCAACCUUCGAGAUAUCCACCGUUUUUCUUGUCAGGUCCAGGCAAGGAGACACGUCUGACUGUAGCGUCUUCCUACGAUGUCCGCAUGAUAUAACUGACGGCAUUGGCGUUUUACAGCUACUUGACCAACUUUUCACCGAAGCUGCUCUUUCUUACACACAAGGAUCCAAGUAUACCUUGCCAGAAUGGGGCAAUGAGCACUUGAACCUUUCCCCUUGUCUACGGGUUGCCGCCGCCAUUCCAGAGACCUUCUCCGAGUCCGAUAUCAGCCGUUUCGAGGAUAUCCAGGCUCAAAACAGGACCGCAUACAACCAUCCUAGUUUUCUUAGUCUCCCCCCAAGCUCUAAAACUGCCACUCUAACACAUGGCACGAGGCAGCGCCUCCCGCUUCUAAUACCCAGGGAGGUGACUGCGCAGAUCCUCCAGAACAGCAAGGCCAUCGCCCCCGGCGUCAACGUGACCCACGUUUUCAUGUCCGCGCUAGCCAUCGCUCUUGCUGAGUUACAGCCGCGCCAGGAGGAGCCCUACCCCGUCCGCUACGCCAACCACAGCAUGAUGAACCUGCGGCCGUACUGCCGCGACCCCUACCCCGGCCCCGCGCACGCCGCUGCCGCGUACCACACCAUAUCCGCGCAAGCGCUCAGCAUCGACUUGAUUGUGUCUGGCACGGAUAACGUAGACCAGGGCGAGGCAAACCAGCUACCGCAGAUCGCAACUAGCGUGCGGGGCUUCUACCACACCGCCCGCCCGACCUCCUCCUCCUCCUCCGACCAGGUCGUCCACUCCCCGCUAACCUUCCAGGCCUUCACGCCGCCGUCCGGCACGGACCCCCAUCUCGUUUCGGAACCCUCCUGUUGCCCGGUCGCGCUCUCCUCGAUCGGCAACGUGUCGUCGAUAGUGGACGCCCACCACGGCCCAUUCCAGCUCACGAGGGUCUGGGCCGCGAGCGAGCCGAUCGGGGCGGGCGUCGCGGUGUUCCUGGGCACUUGGGAUGGGCGGAUUGAGCUCUCGGGUGUGUUUGAUACGCGGUAUCAUGAUGGCGGGUACAUCGAAGGUUUCUUGGAGCGGAUCGUGAAGUGUGUUUGUCGAGGCUUGGGUAUUGGUGAGCUUCCCGCUCGAGAGUGAGUUACCUAUAUGAUCUUUUGGAUGUUGAGGGAAUAGGGGGUGGAAAUGGGAAUAUGAGUAAUUUCGAUGACUAAAAUAUGAAUAGGAGUUAACCUAGUUGAAUGUGUGGAUAGUAUGAUUGGGCUUCAAAAAGGGGGAGGCUUUUUAUGUCCAUAAUCAGCUUUGGGACACUGGACCCCUGUCUUUAAUCCAGGAGACCUGGAAUCUAACUACCGGUUAGGCAGGUAUAUUUUUUAGAGGGUAAAUUGAUCUAAAUAGCUGGUUGUUAUGUUUAUAGUAUGUCUAACGAUAAGAAGUAGGAUGGGCUUAGAAAUAUUCGUAUUUGAC